AUGCUCUCGAACUCCGCCAACCUGUCGUUCGCGGACAUGCCGAACGGUGUGGCUGCUCUGUCGAAGAUCCCCCCGGCGGGCCUCGCCCAGAUCUUCGCGUUCGUGGGCUUCCUUGAGCUGGCCGUGAUGAAGAACGUGGAGGGCUCCUUCCCCGGAGACUUCACAAACGGCGGCAACCCGUUCGCAUCUUCGUGGGACGCCAUGUCGGAGGAGACCCAGGAGUCGAAGCGCGCGAUUGAGCUCAACAACGGCCGCGCCGCGCAGAUGGGCAUCCUGGCCAUGAUGGUGCACGAGGAGCUCUCCAACCAGCCGUACAUCAUCAACGACCUCGUCGGCGCGUCGUACACCUUCAACUAGAUUUUUGACCAAGUUUUGCUGAAUGUUAGACUGUUGAAAUAGAUCUCACCGGCUGCAGACGGGAAGGCGGCUGGGAGCGAUUUUGUCGUUCUGGCUCCCAACAUUUCGCGCUUGUGUUGCUGCGUGUGGCGUGAGUUUGUUUCCACGUGCAGUAGCCCACGUGUUUUCUGUAUGAAACUCUUUGAAUAUCGUGUUUCUAGAGUAAAGUCUGAUGCUGACGGCUGCACCGUCGAUUAAGGCGCGGCGCUUGCAUGCAAGGCAAUGUUCGCCGCUCCACGUUUUCGCGCUGUUCAAAGAUCACUCCCUUUGGGGUUAGUUUCUUUGCAUGCUCGUCUCCCGUAGAUAGACCGAGGUCACAAUGCCUACUGUAGAGAUCGAAAAUUAACUGGCCAUGACGCCUCUGGAAACAUGUGUAAAUGGAACAAGAGGGGGGUGCAAGACACACGGACACGAACAUCCCUGUCAAGUCGAACUUCCCGCGAUCGUGUGAGCGCCUGACGAACAUGACGUCCAUCCAUGUCCUGUC